AUGCAGGAGGCUACGCGACAUUUACUUGACGGUGUUAUUGGCCUUACAUGCGUCGAUCCUGGUCUUAACACGGCUGUAGCUACCGCACCGCUUGUAGUUAACGUUAUUGCCCAACAGUCACUCUUCGCCUGUCACGCCGCCUCCGCCGCCCACGCAUUACUGCAGGAUGGAGACUCGUCGUUGUGGUACAUCAUGCGACAUGUAGCGCAGGCACGAGAACGUUAUACUGCCGUCCAUGCACCUCCACCACCGCCGCCUAUUCCCUCCAGACGAGCAGAGUGUAAUGUGGAGCUGCGGGAUUUGUUAACGGGUGUAUCUCGUAAUAAUAGUGGGGCUGUUACAGCACUAGCACGACCGCAAACAGUCUCAUCUGUAUCACAUACACCACCACCCUCAACUUCGCAUACGCCUGCAUUAACAUCAGCAUCAGAAUCUACUACAACACCUCCAAUAGCAGUUUUAGCCCCAACUUUAGCCCAAACGUCAUCUUCAGGUACACCUCUGAUGUUAUCACCAUGGGAUUUUCGUGUAGUAGUUGUAGGUGGUGGACGUGUAGGGCGUGCUAUUGUGGAACAAUUACUACUAGCUCCUCAUAUUAUACAUCCAUCACGUAUUACUAUUAUAACACGACAAACAGAAUCUGUGGCUCAAUUUGCAGGACGUGGGGUGCAGUGUACAGGUCGACGUGAAGGACGUAACGCACUUUUAGAGUGUCAUGUGUUGAUUAUAGCAUGUCAACAGACUCAAUUCUAUGAUUUUGCAAGUAUAUACUGUCCACGACGAAGUGUUAAACAAGGUCCUCCACCAAGUUCACGAACGAGUAGUAGUAAAACACAUCAGACAGAGUCUUCUAUUUCUCAUUCGCAGGAAACUCAAAGACGACGACCACGACGACGUCAACAGAAGAAAAAAACAUUACGUGAUGUAGUAAAUAAGUGGCGUACUACAGAUGAUGAUGAUUAUGAUAACGGUUCUAAUAAUUAUGAUAACGGUAGUACUGUUAACGGUGUUUCAAACCCUUCCAUGACAAGAUUGCUUAAACCUGGUACUUUUGUUUUUUCCUGCUGUGCAGCAUUGGGAACACACAAGAUUGCGAAAGAAUUGGGUCACUUUGAUCCACUUGUAAUACGUGCAGAGGUUGAUUUUGCCGGUGUACACGCUGGAGCUGAGCAGUUUAACACAGAUAAAGAUGCAUUUCGUUCAGACUUUAUUAGGCGUAUUGCAUUAGAGGGAAAUUCCUUCUUAUCAUCCCUUAAUGCUCUUCAACAGUCUUAUAUGGCAGGGGAGAGUCCAUUUGUGGAGGUUAAUAGUAUUUCUGCGGGUGAUUUAUUUAGUUGUGAAGCGCAAAUUCGCGUACACCGUAGACGUAAAUAUGUUCCACCACCUGAUAUACAAGAUACAAUGCGUGGUGAGGGAGUAAGUGGAACUACACCCUUCUUAUUAAAGAUGUGGCAUGCACUUUGUUGUUUUAUUGUAGUGAAACUAUCAGCAUUUCCACCUGGGCAACAACGUCUUUUUACAUAUUUACAACGUGUAGGACCUUUGCUAGGAGCUGCACUUGUAGCACUCCCAGGAGAUCUUCAGGCACGUGUGGUGGCGAAACUAACAGAGUUAUUAGAUCGAGAUGUGGAUGAAAUUUACGAGACCGAAGAAGAUCCACUUAUUAAAUUAGAUCAACGCAUAGUGGCUGCCUAUGAUAGUGAUAGUGACCCGGAUAACGUAGUAAACGCCAUCGCAACAGGAACAGGAACAACAACUGCAACUGCAACUGCCAAUCCUCAAUCUCCUCCUGAUGUUGCUGGUAUGAGAGAACUCACACGCCUUGUGAAGUGUUUUCCUGAACUAUUUAGUGACGAGACAGAUGUCCUGCAGAGGCUUCGUGAACAUUAUCUUGCUGUUACAGAGCUCAAAGGCGUUUGA